AUGCAAACAUUGAGCUCUAUUCCUUCACGUUUUACUCCGAAUACGCUUGCCAAUAUUUCAGGUUGUGAUGAUGAUGAUGAUGAUGAUGAUGAUGAUGAUGAUGAUGAUGAUGAUGAUGAUGAUGUGAUGAUGAUGAUGAUGAUGAUGAUGAUGAUGAUGAUGAUGAUGAUGAUGAUGAUGAAUCUGAUGAUGAUGAUGAUGAUGAUGAUGAUGAUGAUGAUGAUGAUGAUGAUGAUGAUGAUCAUGAUGAUGAUGAUGAUGAUGAUGAUGAUGAUGAUGAUGAUGAUGAUGAUGAUGAUGAGACAUGAUGAUGAUGAUGAUGAUGAUGAUGAUGAUGAUGAUGAUGAUGAUGAUGAUGAUAAUGUGAUGAUGAUGAUGAUGAUGAUGAUGAUGAUGAUGAUGAUGAUGAUGAUAAUGAAGAUGAUUUGA